CAUAUAACGCUAAUAGAUCAAUUAGACACCCUGGCCAACUCUCAACUUUAGUAACCUCACUCCUACCCAAUUAUCACUCUCCAAUUCAUCUUCAAAGCUCGCAUUCAUCUCUCCUUACUUGUUUAGACGAUCUUUUUUGUUUCGAUCAUUAAGGAAGAGCAAGAGAGAGUAAAGAUGGAUGUUGUGCAACUGCUUCAGAGGCAAUUUAUCGAUUAUAUGAAGUCUCUAUACAUGGAGCAUUAUCUGGAUGAUCAGUUCACCCAGUUGCAGAAAUUGGCUGAUGAGAGCAGCCCAGAUUUUGUUUAUGAAGUUGUAACUCUUUUUUUUCAAGAUUCUGAGAAACUUAUUGACAAUUUAACGAAAUCUCUUAAUCAGCAAGUAGUUGAUUUCAACCAAGUGGCCAAUCAUGCUCAUCAGUUCAAGGGUAGUAGUUCUAGUAUCGGCGCACAUAGGGUCAAAAACCAAUGCGUUAAGUUUCGAGCUUAUUGUGAGGAGAGGAACCAUGAUGGGUGUCUUACUGUUCUGCAAGACCUGCAGCAGGAAUAUAUUGUUUUGAAAAAGAAAUUUGAGAUUCUUUUCCAGCUGGAGCAAGAUAUUGUGAAAAAUGGUGGUACAAUUCCAACCAUGGACUAGACCUUGGAACCCCGUAUCGAUUAUAGCAAACCAGAAAGAUGGAAGUUAGUAGAUUGGCCUGGAAUCUGGAUGAUGAUCUAGAUGCUGUUGCAUCCCUCCAUAAUAACCUUCUCUUACUAGUCACUGUGAAUAACCAUUUCUAACUUUGUUGUUACUUUUGAUACCAUUCUCUCUGUGAGAUGUAUUUCAGGCUUUAGCAAGUGGGUGACAUUGGACAACUUUCUUGAUGCAUCUAAUUUGUGUUUACGAGUCACUGUGAAUAACCAUUUCUAGCUUUGUUGUUACUUUGGA